CCUGGCGCGGUGAUGUCACGUCGCUCCGGGGUUGUGACCUUUGACACGAGGCCGGUUUGGGCCUGGAGCGUGGUUGUGUCGGGUCUCCGGGAGCGGGCUGUCUCCCUGGAAACGCUGUGAAAGAUGGGGAAAGCUCAGAAGAAGAAAAUUAUCUCGGAUUACAUACGGAAGAGAAAAUCCACUCGCGACAUUAAGACAAAUCCAUUUGAGGUGAAAAUAAACAAACAGAAGUUUAAUAUUCUUGGCCGAAAGACAAAGCAUGAUCGUGGGUUACCUGGAGUAUCUCGAUCUAAAGCUAUUAAAAGGCGUACAGAAACUUUGCUGAAAGAAUAUCGGGACAAGGGGAAGGCCAAUACAUUUCUUGACAAACGAUUUGGUGAAUAUGAUACUGCGUUAACUCCAGAUCAGAAGAUGACAAAGCGAUUCUCCUUGGAGCAGCAGCGCAAGCACACAAAGAAGGAUAUUUACAACCUGAAUGAAGAUGAAGAUCUCACCCAUUAUGGGCAAUCACUGGCAGACAUUGAGAAAUUCAAUGACACACCAGACAGUGAUAAUGAAAUGGAGGAAAAGGGCCUUCUGUCUGCUGAGUUCACUGCUGCUGCACAUUUUGGUGGUGGUGGGCUGUUGCAGAAGAAGGCAUUAUCCAAGCAGCACGGAGAUGAGAAGGAACCGGCACCCAAGUCCCGGAGAGAGUUAAUUGAUGAGCUUAUUGCUAAAUCUAAGAAGGAGAAGCAUGAGCGGCAAGUGCAGCGAGACAAGGCACAGGAGCUGACUGAGAAGCUGGACAAAGAUUGGAAGGAAGUCCAUUCCUUGUUGGUUCAUAAAGCUCCCAAAACAGAGCCCAAGGAGGAAAAACCCAAGGCUGGAGAUUAUGACAUCAUUGUACGUGAGCUGUUCUUUGACAUGAAGGCACAGCCUUCUGACCGACUGAAAACAAAAGAAGAGUUGGCAAGAGAGGAGCAAGAGCGCCUUCAGAAACUUGAGGCAGAGAGAGUGCGUCGGAUGCAUGGAGAAUUUGAGGAGAAAAGCAACAACAGACCAAAACACAUGUCUGCUGAUGAUUUGCAUGAUGGUUUCAUCCUAGAUAAGAUUGACAAGCCCUGCCUUGUUUACAAGGAAGGAAAACUAGAGGAAUUUGACGAGGAAGAAACGGAACUGGGAAGUGAAAAUGAGGAGAAUGGAGAAGGUGAAGACAGUAAUGAGGAUGAAAAUGGGGAAGAGAUUCAAAGUGAAGAGAGUGAUGAAGACAGUCAUUCAGAUCUAGAAAAUGAUAGCCAUUCAGAUUUAGGCUCUGAUGCCGAGAGUGAGAAGGACAGCGUAUCAGAUGGUAAAAAAACUGCCUGGGCGGCUACCUUGCGUAAAGAGAGUGCACCAAAUGAAGAAGCAAGAAAAGCUAUGAUGGAAGCAGCCAAGAGUGAGCUACCUUUCACUUUUCCGGUCCCUGAGUCGUAUGCUGACCUGAAAACCCUGCUAACAGGACACGAAACAGAGGAGCAGUGCCUAAUAGUGGAACGCAUUCAGAAGUGUAACCACCCAAGUCUUGCAGCAGGAAACAAAGCCAAGUUAGAGAAACUAUUUGGUUUCCUCUGGGGAUAUAUUGGGGAACUGGCAACCAGGCAGCCAGCAGAAUUGAAGACAAUUGACAAGAUGGUGCUCCAGUUGUACGAACUAUCGCAGUUAUUCCCUGAAGCUGCUUGCAGCUGUGUUCAAUCAACCCUUAGACAAAGUGUGCAGGAACUAGACAACCAGCUGCAAGCCAAAGGUCGGGCUUCAUUUCCUGGAUUAGAUAAGCUGCUUUACAUAAAGAUUAUAGGAGCUCUGUUCCCCACCUCUGAUUUUCGACACGCAGUGGUGACCCCUACACUUGUGUACAUGAGUCAGAUAGUCACUAAGUGUUCUGUCACCGUACUGCGGGAUGUUGCUGCUGGACUGUUUGUGUGCUGCCUCUUCCUGGACUAUGUUUCACUUUCAAAGAGGCUGGUUCCUGAAGUUAUCAACUUCCUUGUGGGAAUUCUUCACAUGGCAGUGCCUAGGAAAAGCACCUUAGGGUACACUGUGGUGCCACCUUUUAAAUCAUCUGCGAAAUCCUCUGACCUGAUGGUGGUGAAAGAUAAAAUGGCUGCUGAAUCAUGGGAAAUGAAGCCCUUGCCAAUUAGCCAGAUACAAAGAGUGGAACAACAAGAUGAAACACAAACAGCGAACUUCAAGUUGUCCUGCAUAGCUUUGUGUUUAAACCUAUGCAAGCGAUGUGCCUCCUUGUAUAGAUCACUGCCUUCAUUUCGGGAAAUAGUUAAUCCACUGGAAAUUCUUCUGACCUCACAUCUACCUGUGAGUGAUUAUCCAGCUCAGCUCCAGGAACUAAAUCACGAGGUGCUAAUUGAAGUGCAAGACAGGUCAACAUCCUUUUCACCACUUGAGUUUGAAAAGAAGAAGCCAGUCCCUUUAAAGCUGUUCACACCCAAAAUAGUGGAAGUCUCAGAUUAUGGGCGAAAACGAGGUGGUACCCGACAAGAGAAAGAGCGAAUGAGGCUCGUCCACAAACACAAGCGGGAAUUUAAAGGAGCUGUUCGUGAAAUCCGCAAAGACGCACAGUUUCUGGCCAGACAGAGGUUCUCAGAUAUCAUGGAAGGAGAUGCAGAAAGGAAGAGGAAGGUGAAGGUGCUGUUCCAUAAUCUAGCGACUCAAGAGGGUGAAUGGAAGGCCAUGAAGAAAAAGAAGAGGAAAUUAUAAUAACCUUAAUCUGUCACUGCAAAGAGUGACUCACUCCCUAACCAAGGAGGUGCUGCUGCCUGGAUGAAAGUGCUACAUAUGUUGCAGAAUCAAUAUUAAAAAUUUCCAACCUCAACUGCCUUCAAGGCAGUGCAUUCCAAAGUCCCAUAAUCAUCUGGGUGGAAAUUUUAAUUUUCCUCAAAUCCCUUCUAACCUUCCUGCCCUUCACCUUAAAAUCAUGCCCCCUUGUUAUUGAUCCUUUAACUGACAGAAAUAAUGCUUCCUACCAUCCUGUCCAUGCCCAUCCAGUGCUCCAUCCCAGGCAAUCUUUCAGUGUCUCCAUCCUCCUUCAUGAUGGACCAUAAUAGUUUAUUGCGAGCGUUAACACAUUUUGGUCAAUAGCUGGUUAAUGACUGACUGCAGGACUGAAUAUUAUGCAACCUGAUUCCCAUCAAGUCACUCUUGCCAAGAAAUAUCUAUCAGCACAACACCCAGUGACUACCCUAAAGUUAUUGUUGUAGGUGGGUUUUAUUUCUUAUGGAAGCAAGUUAUUUUAAAAGUAUGCAAGCUUCGAAAAUCAUGAAUAAAGACCACGAGUGCACAAACCAGCAAACCGCUCAGACAGCACAACUGCGCACCUCGGCGUUUCUAUUUCAAAACUGUGAUCUGUGUUUACUUUCUUUAUUUGUGUUGGUGAAUAUUCUCUGCAUUUCCAGCAAGUUCUGGCUUUUCCAAAAAAUGGUCCAACUAUCUUUCAGGAUUGAUAAUUAUUAAUGUUGUAUAUCUUCUGGUUCGGCUAAUUCAUAUAAUCUGGAGCUGAUGGUUGACUGGACUCAGGAGUAACGUACAGGUUGACUGCACUUGGAGGCAGCAAGGCACGUUCAAUCAAAACCUUUAACAAUGAAUAAUUCAGCUGAUAAACUGCAGGUUAUGUGCAGUUAUUUCUUUACAUUGAAUAUGCAAAAAUGUUGCAUUUUAUAUGGAAACAGGAAAUGUAAUCAUAAAUAGUAGGAAUGCAUUGCACUGAUGCAGAAUUUUUGCUGUACUAACAUAGAACAGUACAGGCCCUUCAGCCCACGAUGUUGUGCCAACGUCUUAUCCUACUAAGAUCAAUCUACCCUGCAUACCCUGCAUUUUACUAUCCUUCAUAUUGUACCAACAAAUAGAGGAGAGCUGAAUUAACAACUCAUGUAUCCCAGGCCUUGUGUCUGUGAAGGUCCCACCAAUUCAAAAUGUGAGCAGGUGCGUGGAAAAUGUUUUCAUUCUAAGAAUCAUUUUCCGAUCGUGGUUAGAGAUGGAUCUGUGGUGAGGGAGCUUUGCCACAGACCAUUGCCUCUAGUAACUGUUUAUGUUUUAAUACAAAUCUGAUUUUGAAAAGCAACAGUUGGCUUUUGUGUUUGUAGAAAUACAAAAAUAAAACAAAUAUUUGGA